AUGGUCCAGAAGCAGGACGCCGUCGGGCCGGCGGCGUUGCCCGGCGCCCCCUUCCACGAGAAGCAGGACGGCGUCGGGCAGGCCGCGUUGCCCGACCACGCCUUCCACGAGAAGCAGGACGGCGUCGGGCCGGCCGCGUUGCCCGACCACGCCUUCCACGAGAAGCAGGAUGGCGUCGGGCCGGCAGCGUUGCCCGACCACCCCUUCCACGAGAAGCAGGACGCUGUCUGGCCGGCGGCGCUGCCUGAUCACCCCUUCCACGAGAAGCAGGAUGGCGUCGGGCCGGCAGCGUUGCCCGACCACCCCUUCCACGAGAAGCAGGACGCUGUCUGGCCGGCGGCGCUGCCUGAUCACCUCUUCCACGAGAAGCAAGACGGCGUGGGGCCGGCGGCGCCCUUCCACGAGAAGCAGGAGGCCGUCCAGCCUACAGGGGAACCGGACCCGGACGACGCCAGCCAUCAAGCAUGGGGCAAAGUCCUCCCCUGAUUGUCGUCGGCGAGCAACGCCGGCCGCUCCUCCGCCUACGCCGAAUGCGGCACAAGUGUGCUCGUGCCGGCGCCGCCGUACGUUGAUCUCAGUAGAGAAAAUGUGAUGUGCAAUGCAGAUGUAUAUGCCUGCUGAAUAAAAUGGCGACUGAUGAAGAGCUUGUUGA